GUGACUUCUAAAAAUAAACGUAACUUUACAGAUUAUUCAUUAUUCAUUACACAUACAAGCCACGGAAUUAUCACUAUUUUUGUAUUCUUGUGUCAGUUCUAGCUGUUUGUUUAGCUUGCGAUUAUUACGAGCAAUAUGACAUUACAUGUUGCUUUUUCUGAUGUUAAAUAAUAUAAUUUUCCAUCUAUAUAAGUCAAAAGAUCAUUUCAUAUUCCGUAGUUUCUUUUGGGUUAUUAUUCCAUUUAUGCUGGUCAUAUGUCAUUAUUAUUAUACAUAUCAUGUGCGGUUGAUGCAAUCAAAAAACAUACUAUUGACAUACACAUAUAAAGUAUCUUUUGUAUUUUAAUGCUUGUUUGAAAAGUUUGACAAUUAUAACAUCUACAUAUUAUUAAAUAUUUUAUGGUUGCGUUUUGUCGUAUAUCAAUUUCUGCAUUUAAAAAAACAUCUUACUGAUGCUUUUUUUUUGCUGAUUAUGUUAUUGAAUAUAUAUAACAGUAUAUAUAGCACACAAUUACGCUAAUCGUUUUUUAAUAAAAAAGUCCGUGUUGAUAAAUAGAACGAACUGAUAAUGCUGAUAUAAUUAUAUAAUUUUUAGCUUUUAUUAUACAUCAACAUAAUAAUUUAAUCAUUAAUUUAAUUUUUGUUUAAGUAUAAGUAUUAUUUAUAACAGAAUAAGCUAUUUUUUAGAUUUCGAUAUGUAUGACUAUUGAAUUGGGAUCAAAAUAUCCAAUUGACGUCGUUUCCUAUGACAAGAAUAUCCAACAAACAAAUCAGUUGUUUAACUUGUAUAAAUCUACCAGCAAAGUUUAUAAAUUAUUUCGUUUACUAAACAAUAUUCCGCUCAAAAUCACCGCUCGGACGGUGUACAGAGAAUUGUUUGAAUAGCGACCUAGUCCGAUUUGCACAAACGGGAGAGCAAAUACACGAAGAGAACAAACAUAUAAUUUAUUCGAGACUCGCGGAAUCGAUGCGUCUGCCAGUCGAUCUCUCGUUUACUCGCUGUUUCUUGCUAUUUAAAUUUUCUCGUGUAAGUACAAAAUCUCGUUUAGUUUUUCGCGUUUCAAUUGCUUUGAAUCUGUAAAAUCGAUCGUCCAUCAUAUUAUACAACCGUUGUUUUUCUGUCUAACAAUCGAUUAAACACCAUCGGAGCGCGAAUGGAAUCGUGUGUUAUGUUUUAAUACUGACUAGGCAACGCGGAUAAAAUCGUGUGACGCUGAUUUAUCCCGUUAUUAUCUGAUAUCUAAAUUGAUUCCCUCCCGUCGCGAUCGGCGACCAGCAGUACGGAUGCGACGACGGUAAAAUACAAUAGAUUUGAAAACAUCGAGAUCCGUCUUGUCGAACUGGUUCGUGAGAUCGAUUGAAUUUCAGCGCGACGCGAUUACUCGGCGAAGAAUGCCUCGUAAAUUCAGUAUCUCCUUGAUCUCAAGUUUGAUCGUCUUUAUAUGCAUAAUAGUGAUGUUUGACCUCGUGCGGGGUCAGUUAAUCAGACCGAAUUACGUGUACGAGGGCCUGAUCAGAGAUAUCCGCACUUACUUCAAUAAUUCGUGCAUCAUACUCUUGCAUUCUGAAUCGAAUCCUAUUGAGACGCAGGGUGAGAAGCAGAUGGAGAAACUGAAAAUUUUAUUUAUCGGUAUCGAUUCUUCGCAUACUGAAGGCUGUUACCUUGCAGGACUUACGGAAGCCGAUCGCUUGCUGCAUCUUCAAAAAUACCUGAGCUUGACUCUUCAUAUACGUACUGCACUCAUGGAUUUUAAUAUGUUCACAACGCGAGUCGGGGAAAGUUAUCAUAACAUCAAGAGGCCUCUGUUCGUUCUAUUAAACGACAAUGAAGAUACAAGAAAUAAUUUUGUAAAUCAGGUCUCUACGUGGAUCACGAUGUCUUAUCCGACUUGGCUGGUCUUCUUCGAUAACACGAACAACUUGACAGAUUUCUUCUUCGACGUUUACGUACCAUUCGAUUCUAAGUUUAUGGUGGCUCAAAGCAUCAACGAAACCGAUAAGGAGAUCAUCACUGAAGUUUAUCAAGUUUAUAAAGAUAAAGAACUGAGAUUGGAUCGAUUCGGUGUGUGGGAUCCGGAGGAAGGUCUGAAAGGGCCUCCACACGGCCUAUAUUUACGAAGGAACGAUCUUUUCGGCCAUAACUUACGCGUUGCGUCGCUCCAAGACCCUCCUGUCAGUCUGUUUCAUCGUAAUGAAAAGAAUGAAGUAAUAGGAAUUUAUGGCUUUUUUGGGAAAAUAGUUUUACUAUUACAGGAGGAAUUGAAUUGCACAUUCACAUACCGGGAAGCCGGAUCGUGGGGCGUGUGUCCACCAAAUGGCUCGUGCACAGGUGCAAUCGGAAUGUUGAAGAACGAUGAAAUUGACUUCGCGGCGACAGAAUUCAUGAUGACUAAGCAGAGACUAAGCUUCGUCACUUUUACAACACCCAUUUUCUCGACAAAAGUCCGUCCAUACGUUAAGAGGCCAAAGUCGACGAGUAUAAUAAAAUGGGAUGCUUACGUGGCUCCCUUUUCCAUAAACAUUUGGAGGGUUAUCGCUCUUUUCAUAAUAAUCAUGAGCGCAUCCAUUGUGUUUAUUCAAAAACUUUUUGCAUUCGUACAUCUGCAAGACAAUAACUCACCAUCAAGAUUUACAGAGAUUUUAUUUUUUAUCACAGGAGCAUUCUGCAAUCAAGGUAUGCAACAAUCUAUGCUGGAUCCUGUAAGAAUGGUGCAUUUAGUAACUUAUUUGACGGCGGUCAUAAUCUUAGCCGCAUAUUCUGCCGCCUUAAUUAGCUUUCUUACUGUCAACACAUUUGUCAUGCCUUUUACGACUAUGGAGGGACUCUUGAAAGAUGAAUCUUUCCGUUGCGGCGUGAUUGGUAAUUCGGCCUACUAUGCUUUUCUUCAGCAUUCGACAGACGAGGUAAUGAGCCAGGUGUUUACUAAACUAAUAAAAAAAGAAAAAAAAUUGCCAACAAGUUAUUUGGAAGGUAUCGAACUCGUUUGCAAAGAGGAUAAAUACGCCUUUGUUGCACUCGACAAUAUGGCAGCGUUGCUGCAACAGAAUGUCGAUUGCAAGUUGGAGCCAUUGGAUAUCAUCACGCCUGCUACUAUAGCGAUGGCCCUACAACGCAACAGCCCUUUUCGCGGUAUUAUUAAUACACAUAUCUUGCUGCUGAGAGACAGUGGAAUCUUGCAACGUUUACUGGAAACGCAAUGGUCGGUCCAGUUAGGCGCAUCGACAUCAUCGUGGAAAUCGGUCGAGAUUGGUGAUAUAAUGCCAUUACUGUUUCUCAUAAUCAUCGCUUCGUUUAUCAGCUAUCUUGUCUACAUUAUAGAACACAUCACCUAUAAAAUUUAUCAAGCAGGUCAAGUUAAAUCGCAACAAUCGAAAAAAUAAACAGAGGAU